AUGUCCACAUUACAGAACUUACAGUCUCAGUCUCAGUCUCUCCCCCCAAUCAGCAGCCACUGCUCGUUUUCCGGCCAGCCACCGCCACCCGCCGCUCACGGCAGCGACUUCCCAAUGCUGGCCGUGGCCGUCCUCGGCAUAACCGCCACCGCCUUCCUCCUCGUCGCCUACUACAUUUUCGUCACCAACUGCUGCUUCCGGUGGCAGCCGGCCGACCCACUAAGCCGCCGCCGCCUCCCGACCCUCCGGCGAGCCCCUCCGGUCAGCCACGAACCCCUAACUUCCCCUUCCCCCUCGCGGCCCAAUCGAGGGCUCGACGAGCUCCUGAUCCGCAACAUCCCCACCGUCCGUUACACACCACACCAACAACCCGAACUAUUCACGAACUCGUCCAAAUGCGUCGUGUGCCUAAACGAGUUUCGAAAUCAAGAAACGCUCCGCGUCCUCCCUAAAUGCGGCCACGCGUUCCAUGUCGACUGCAUUGACAUAUGGCUCGUGAGCAGCUCAAGCUGCCCGCUGUGCAGGUCGGCCAUUUCUGGCCGGAACAGGUAUCAUCAGGCCCAGCCCGAGACAAUCGUGGCCCCAACUUCCUCACCGCAGGACUUCCAUCCAGAUGAUGACUUAUUGGAAAUCGUGAUAAGCAGCCCGCAAGAGGGGACGGGUGGCGGUGGGCUGCUUGGCGAGCCGGGCUCCGGGAGAUUCUUGGUGAGCUCGUCGAGCAAGCAGAGGAAACUUCUUCGUGGGGUUUCGGUUAUGGGAGAUGAAGGGAUUGAUGUGAGGGCGAAAGACGGUGUGGUGGUGGAGCCGAUCAGGCGGUCUUUCUCGAUGGAUUCUGCCACAGACCCGAGAGUCUAUUUGUCCAUUCAAGAGAUUUUACGGGAGAGCCGCGAGAUUGGUCCGGCGAGCGGGAGCAGAAGCCGGAGGUCGAUCUUUUCUUUCGGGCACGGGAGAGGAGCAAGAAGUGCUGUUCUUCCUGUUUGA